AUGUCAACCAAGAAGAGCACGAGACAUGCCAACCAGCUAAGGAAGAAAACGCAGAGUAAUACUGACCAAAAACCGAGACAGACUGUGAGUUGCGAUCAAGAUGCGAGCAACGAACAGCCCGUCCUUCCUAUUGAGGUACAGCAGAUCGUCCUGAAUGUAUUCAGAACAGCGUUUCCCACUUCUCAGGACACGGAAGAGUUGAAAACAAUUAUACGAGAGGUAAAACGCCAUUUAUUCAACCGCGACUUUUCUGCUGCAUUCUCAAGUCAGUCGUUUCUGCAGGCUUAUGCGCUGCGAUGGAGUGCUGCUCGUGCUUUAGGGUAUACAGAGUUGUUGACGAAUGCAAGAACGAAAUAUCUGUUCGACAGCAGUGAGACAGACAAUGGACACUUAGAGCCCGAUACUCAAACGACAACUUCACAGAGCCUUGAUUCCCCUAACCAUCAUCACCGCCCAGCAAAUCGAGUCGUCUGCAUCGGUGGAGGAGCUGGAGCGGAAAUCGUUGCUCUCGCAGCGUCGAACCGUACAUCAUCGAAACCACUUCAGGUUGUUGCCAUCGACAGCGCCGACUGGUCCGAUCCUGUGCAAAAGUUGGCGUCAGCACUCACUGUUCCGCCAACACUCUCGAUAUAUGCAAGUGAGGCCUUUAGGAAGCGACCUGAGAACCAGCCACUUGUCGUGCACCCUAUGCAAGUCGAUGUCUCGUUUAUGCAUCAAGAUGUGCUUUCCUGGUCUAGGGAUAGCUUGCGUGAAAGCCUUUCAGGCACCACCCUAUGCACAAUUAUGUUUACCUUAAACGAGCUCUUUAGUACGUCGAUACCGAAGACGACAGCGUUCCUGCUUGAUCUUACCAGUGCCAUGCCUCAAGGUAGUCACCUUCUCGUCGUGGAUAGUCCUGGCAGCUAUUCUGAAGUCCAACUCGGGAAGAAGAGUGUUCCUACCAACACUGCUGCUGCCAACUCAGAGGGCACGAAGAGGUAUCCGAUGAAAUGGCUACUCGACCAUACACUUUUGGUAGUCGCAAAGGGUGAAUCUGAAGCAGUCUGGGUAAAGGUCGAGAACGAGGAUUCGUUGUGGUUCAGAAUCGAGCAGAAAGAUCGAGAAAAGCUGGAAUAUCCAGUUGAGCUGGAAAAUAUGAGGUAUCAAUUACAUUCAUACCGUCGAAUAUGA